AUGCAGGCCACUACUGUUCUCCGCCAAGCUGCCGCUGCCGCUGCUGCCGGCACUCGCCAGCCUCUGAUCAAGUUCGUGGGCAAGCGCACCAUCCCAGCCUCCAUUGACCACUCUCCCCAACCCCAUCCCGCGUCGCCAACCCACCAGCUUCCCGACUCUUUCGUCACCUACCGUGCCAAAGCCCAGCAGCACGGUCCCCUCAACACCACAUACCGCCCCUUCUCCAGCAUCGGAGGCUCCCCUGGUGCUGCCCUAGGCCCUAUUGCUCCCAAGAAGGGCGAGUACUUUGACCGCAACGACCUCCCUGCCAGAUUCAGACGUGCUCCCUGGUCCCAGGCAGAGAUUGACGCCAUCGAGACCGGCGGGGCAAGCAUGUUCGCGUGA